CUAAAUUCCGGCGUGUAGUGCUUUUGCGUACAGCUCGUACUGUGCAGGGUUUUUGUGAUUUCUCCAGCGCUGUAUAUUCAUUUUACAGAAAACAGCAGUUAACAACAUGCAGGAAACCAGCAGCCAAGAUGUUACGAUGAUCACAUGCACGGCGCCAGUAAACAUCGCGGUCAUCAAAUACUGGGGUAAACGGCACGAAGAGCUGAUUCUGCCCAUAAACUCUUCACUCAGUGUCACUCUGCACCAGGAUCAGCUUAAAACAACCACAACAGUGGCAUGCAGCAGACAUUUCCAGGAGGACCGCAUCUGGCUGAAUGGCAAAGAGGAAGAUAUAAACCAGCCGAGAAUUCAGUCUUGCCUUAGAGAAAUCCGAAGGUUAGCACGGAAGAGGCGAAGUGAUGAAGACCUCAGUAAUGACAUCAGUUUGGCUCACCGAGUCCACAUCUGCUCUGUCAAUAAUUUCCCAACUGCCGCUGGGCUGGCGUCCUCUGCAGCUGGCUAUGCCUGCCUCGUGUACUCCCUGUCUCGUUUGUUUGGGGUGGAUGGAGAGCUGUCCUUGGUGGCGCGACAGGGUUCGGGCAGUGCCUGUAGGAGUAUGUAUGGGGGUUUUGUCCAGUGGAAGAUGGGUGAGAGACAAGAUGGGAAAGACAGUCUGGCAGAACAGGUGGAACCUGAGAGUCACUGGCCAGAGCUCAGAGUGCUGGUCCUGGUGGUAAGUGCAGAGCGGAAGCUUGUUGGAAGUACCUCUGGCAUGCAGACAAGUGUAAAGACAAGCAAACUGUUGAAGCACCGUGCAGACUGUGUGGUCCCUGGUCGUAUGGAGGAGAUGAUCAGUGCUAUCCAGAGAAGGGACUUUGCAGCAUUUGGUGAGCUGACUAUGAAGGACAGUAACCAGUUCCAUGCCACCUGCCUGGACACCUACCCACCUAUAUUCUACCUCAAUGAUAUAUCACAAAAAGUCAUCAGCCUGGUGCAUCGCUACAACCAACAUUACCAAGACACCAGAGUAACAUACACUUUCGAUGCAGGUCCUAAUGCUGUGAUCUACACCUUAGAAGACCAUGUGCCUGAAUUCAUACAGGUGGUUCGUUAUUUCUUCCCCCCAGAAACCAAUGGUGGAGAGUUUGUGAAGGGCCUUCCUGUGGGCCCCGCCUCCUUGUCCGAAGAUCUGAAGACAGCUAUCGGGCUGGAGCCUGUUCCAAAGGGCAUCAGCUACAUCAUCAGCACUAAGGUUGGCCCUGGUCCUUGUGUGGUGGAGGACCCAAAGCUUCAUCUGUUAAACCCAGAAGGACUACCCAAGAAAAGCACCUGAAUAAAUUAAUAGAAUUAACACAGCACUAAAACCUGCCCUGCAGUGAAACUGGACAAAGAAACAAAUGAUUUUGAUUAAAAGCUUAUUUUAAAGGAAAUAAUUUUCUUUAAAUGUUAAAGUUAUAAACAAUAGGCUAUGUGAAUGGUCU